AUGGAAUUGCUCAGUCAGCAUUUAUCCCAAGCAUUUCUCAAGCCAGGUACAAGAGUGAUCAUGCUAAGGCAUGCUGAGAGUGUUUGCAACUUAGCAGGUACUUUAGCAGGCUGGACUGACAGCAAGCUCAGUGACUACGGCAAGCGCCAAGCAAACUUAUUAUAUCAAGGGCUCCACCCUUUUUACUCACAAUUCAAAGGGAUUUAUUCUUCAGAUUUAAAAAGAUGCAUAGACACAACUUUAUUUGCCACUCUUUAUUCAUACCCUUUUCGAAUUGACGAAAGGCUGAGAGAAUGUUACUUUGGAGACCACGAAGGGGAGCAUUUUGAUACAAUGCCAGAGCUUCAAGCUACAGUAAACAGUCCUACCUAUCAAGCCCCAAAUGGAGAAAGCUGGGUGAUGGUAAAAAACCGUGCAGUUAAAUUUUUUAAAGAAAAAUUAGCUGAAGAUGGCGUUUACCUUUGUGUUUCCCAUGGAGGGCUUAUAUGUACAUUGACUAUUCCUCUUGGGCAUACAGAUGCUGUAUCAAAUGCCUCAAUUGUAGGAAUUGAGCUAAAGAAUGGAGUCCCAGAAAAAGUUGAAUUUAGCUGGACAUGUCCUGAGAUUUUAACUAGGUAA